CUUCUGUCCUUGCCAGAUUUCAUGGAUACAUAUAUAGGCAAGAUAAUCAAGCUGAAGGAAAAGAUUGCAUCUGCAACUUCAGCCAGUAAAUUUGUUAUCGGUAAAGGGGUGCGCAAACAAAUCGCUCAAGCUAAAGCAAGUGAGAGAGAGAAUGACGAAGGUGCGAGAUCUUUUCCGGGAUACAGAGACAACAGAGUUGUGAAAGUAACAAUACCCACUGCAAUGGCAGUUAGCGAGUCUUCGAGGUUGUGUGCAUCCUUAAAGAAGGAAAAAGUUCCAGUACGAAGGCUUAUUGUAAAUCAAGUGUUACCUCCAUCACUGUCAGACUGCAAGUUCUGUGCAAUGAAAAGGAAGGACCAGAUGCAUGCCUUUGAUAUGAUUCAUAAAGACCAGGAAUUAUCGAGUUUGAAAAUGGUUGAAGCGCCUGUGUUCCAGCACUCAAGUUUAUGGGGAAUGUCAUUUGGCGUUAAAGCUUCACUUUUGACUGUUCCGAACAAGAUAGGAAAUGAAAGAUACCAGAUUUCUGUAAGACCAUUAUUGACUACUCCUAUUAUCAACAGCUCAGUAAAACAGGGUAAUGAAGAUGGAGGAAACUAUUCAUUUGUUGCUGUUGUCGGGAAAUCUCCCUGGACAGAAUGCAUGAAUUGAAAUGGAGUUCAAAUAGUAGAAGGAUUUGAGUCUAGAUGCAGAGGCAAACAACACUGCAGUGUCGCCUGAGCUUAUGUAACACACCUAAGAAGGGAUGGAAUGUAUUGACUGGAAAAGUGCUUGGGGUUUGAGAAAAUGUUACUGGAUAGUGAACAGCUAUAACGUUUCAAACCAACAGGAAGGAGGAAAAACAGGUUCAUGCAAGCACAGUUAUAGAUAGGAGAACGGACCAUGCAAGCAUAGUUAUAGAUAGGAGAACGGAGAAGGUCGCAUGCUUGAUUCUUUUCCAUGACUUUUGAAGAUUCUAGAGGACCUGCAACGCCUUGUGCCAUUUUUCCAGAACGUGAAAUGAAUGAAGUUAUUGCAGGUCUUUCACGAACAUAGCACGGGAAGGGCAUCUCUAG